CGGCCGGCGGCGGCGGAGGCGGCGGCCGAGGCGGCGGCGGAGGCGGCGGCGGUUCCAACUGCUCUGCCCGCGGCCGCGGCAGAAGUGCCCACGCCCGCGGCAGGAAGAAAAAAGGCUGAGACAUCAGCAUAUGAAAACUGGGAAGACAAUCCUGAGUAGCAGUUGUGAAUGGGAUUGCUGCUAGACACCUUCUGCUGGGCAUCUGAAAUGAACUUCCCUCACCAAGCCAGAAGUACUGCCUUCAGUUGACUUCAGGCUAAACAGAAAAGUCUUGGUUGUCAUCAUAAACAUAUGAACCACUGUGAUGGUGAAAUGAGAUGAGGCUCCGAAAUGGAACUGUAGCCACUGCUUUAGCAUUUAUCACAUCGUUCCUUACUUUGUCUUGGUAUACUACAUGGCAAAAUGGGAAAGAAAAACUAAUUGCUUAUCAACGAGAAUUUCUUGCUUUAAAAGAGCGGCUCCGAAUAGCUGAACACAGAAUCUCCCAACGCUCCUCUGAGUUAAGUACCAUUGUUCAGCAGUUCCGACGCGUAGGAGCAGAAACAAAUGGAAGUAAGGAUGAAUUGAAUAAGUUUUCAGAUAAUACUUUAAAGCUACUAAAAGAGUUAACAAGCAAAAAAUCUCUUCAAGUGCCAAGUAUUUAUUAUCAUUUGCCUCAUUUAUUGCAAAAUGAGAAAAGCCUUCAUCCUGCUGUACAGAUUGGAAAUGGAAGAACAGGAGUUUCAAUAGUAAUGGGAAUCCCCACGGUGAAGAGAGAAGUUAAAUCUUACCUCAUAGAAACUCUUCAUUCUCUUAUUGAUAAUCUCUACCCAGAAGAGAAAUUGGACUGUGUUAUAGUAGUCUUCAUAGGAGAGACAGAUAUUGAUUAUGUACAUGGUGUUGUAACCAACCUGGAGAAAGAAUUUUCUAAAGAAAUCAGUUCUGGUUUGCUGGAAAUAAUAUCACCUCCUGAAAGCUAUUACCCUGACCUGACAAACCUGAAGGAGACAUUUGGAGACUCUAAAGAAAGAGUAAGAUGGAGAACAAAGCAAAACUUGGAUUAUUGUUUUCUAAUGAUGUAUGCUCAGGAAAAGGGUGUAUAUUACAUUCAGCUUGAAGAUGAUAUUAUUGUCAAACAGAAUUAUUUUAAUACUAUAAAAAAUUUUGCACUUCAACUUUCUUCUGAGGAAUGGAUGAUUCUAGAGUUUUCCCAGCUAGGCUUCAUUGGUAAAAUGUUUCAAGCACCAGACCUCACUCUGAUUGUAGAAUUCAUAUUUAUGUUCUAUAAGGAGAAACCCAUUGAUUGGCUAUUGGACCAUAUUCUCUGGGUGAAAGUCUGCAACCCUGAAAAAGAUGCAAAACAUUGUGAUAGACAGAAAGCAAAUCUACGAAUUCGAUUCCGACCUUCCCUUUUCCAGCACGUUGGUCUGCAUUCAUCACUGUCGGGGAAAAUUCAGAAACUCACGGAUAAAGAUUACAUGAAACCAUUACUUCUUAAAAUCCAUGUCAACCCCCCUGCAGAGGUGUCCACUUCCUUGAAAGUUUACCAGGGACACACACUGGAAAAAACGUACAUGGGAGAGGAUUUCUUCUGGGCCAUCACCCCAACAGCUGGAGACUAUAUCUUGUUUAAAUUUGACAAGCCGGUCAAUGUAGAAAGUUAUUUAUUCCAUAGUGGCAACCAAGAACACCCAGGAGACAUUCUGCUAAACACAACUGUGGAUGUCUUGCCUUUCAAGAGUGAAGGCUUGGAAAUAAGCAAAGAAACCAAAGAGAAACGAUUAGAAGAUGGCUACUUCAGAAUAGGGAAAUUUGAGAAUGGUGUCGCAGAAGGGAUGGUGGACCAUAGAUUAAAUCCCAUUUCAGCCUUUCGACUUUCAGUUAUUCACAAUUCUGCUGUUUGGGCCAUUCUUAAUGAGAUUCAUAUCAAAAAAAUCACCAAUUGAUCUAAGAAACCAACACUUUCCUCCCCCUGUGAAACCAUCAGUUAAUGAUAGUUAAGCAUGUACCUUCUGUUGUUUUGUUUUUUUUUCAAACUUGAAUACUACCUCUUGUGAAGUCUACUGUAGAUAAGACAGUUGUCAUUUCUGCUUGGAAAGCAAACCUCCCAUGGAUAAUUGUAUUCAUUUGAAACUCAGCCGUCCUCCAAUUUUAACUCGACACAAACAUUUUACAAUUAUGACAGCCUGUUAAUAUGAAUUGUACUAUUUUGGUAUUAUACUAAUACAUAAGAGUUGUACAUAUUGGUACAUUCCUUAAAUUUGAGAAAAACUAAUGUUAAAUACAUUUUAUGAAGGGGGCAUUUUUGAUGUUCAUUUAUUUUACUAUUCUAGACCCUCUUUUAUAGAUUAUCAGGGAUGAUAUAUAUAUAUAUAAAUAUAUAAAUAUAUAAAUACACAAAAUGUUAUGGAGUUAAUUUAUUAGAAACACUUAAAAGUACAUAUUUUUGUGCAGUAAAUUUUUUGAAUUGAUACUUUUUUUGAGAACAAGUUACCUUGCAUUUUUAAGUUCUUUCUAUAUUUUUCUUUGGAAAUGCAAACAUUACAGAUCAAUGCCAUUUUUCAACUGCACUGCCAUUUAAGAUUGAUUAGAGAUGGAUUUCUUAACUUGACGUACUUUUAUAAUCACAGUGAUAUUUUCAAAUGCAUUUAUCAUUCCUUAAAGCCAAGACUUUAAAGACCAAUGUCCUUCUUGAGGGUUAUUUUGCUGUAUCAUGUAUGGCAUGUAACCACAGAAAACCAGUCUGAUAAAUUUCAGUGUUCCGAUAUGAUGCCCUCAGCCUGAAACCUCACACACUUCACUCAUUACAUCUCUUCUGCUGUGGCCGAUGGCAGGCUCUUCUUUCCUUUUUAGUCUUUGUCUUUAAUCCAUGAGUCAGAUAUAUUGUUUCCUGUUCAUUCUUCUAUAUUUUCACUUAUAUCUAGUUCUGACAAUGUUUUCUAGGCAAUGGUACUGUAUGAGUCAAUAAUGGAUAUAAUUUUAAAGAAAAAAUUGUAAUGUUGGUUUUUGGUGACAGGUAUUGUAGCCGUUGUAUGUUUUGUCAGGAUGAUUUUUUCUACUGCAUUACAAACUUAUAUAUCCUAUGUCCAAACGAGUGCUUAUUACUCUUAAACAGUUUCAGACAGUCAGAUUUCAAAUGUAUAAAAAAAGAAUGCUAUCAAAUACUACUAGUAUCCAAGGUACUUCAACAAUCAUAAAGUAUUUUACUUUGGGAUAAUUGUGAAUUCUCACUUUGGUUCCUAGCUAGUCUGCUUUUACAAACCCGGCAGGUGGCAGGUGUCUUGCCUGCCCCUGGGCUUUCUGGGUAGCCCACGUGAUGGCCUGGGGCUGUAGAGAGUUCCAGCUGGUGGUUGACAGCCUGGAGGGGCUCUGCUGCUCACCCACCAGGCAGAACAGCAGCGGCGACAGUGCUCCAUGUGGUGUUAACACAGGGCGCUCAGGAAACAUCUUUUCCUUACUCUAUCUUGUAAUCACUUUUACUUCUCUUGAUUGAAGUUAAUUGUAUUGUCAAUAAUGAUUUUUAUGCCAAAUGACUUUGUCAGGCUUUAUAUCCACCUAGAAUCUUUAUUUGGGCUUAUUAGGCUUCAUUUCCUUAAUUCACUUUUUAAUUUUCUUCUGUAAUUUCCUUAAUCCCAAGUUCACAAGUAAAUUUCUUCAAAAAGGUUGGCACUGGCUUAGAUAACUAAAUUACUGCUCAAGCAGUAACUUAGUAACAGAAGGUAAAAAAAUCUGUGUUCCCUUGGUCUGUAUGUCUUCAGUGGCUAACUGUAGCUUCAAAAAGGCAGUGGGCAGAAAAUCUAGGGUGGAGUAAGGAUUGUGUUCCUGGUGCCAGGUGUUAUGGCUUCUUGAACAACCCCAGGCUGUGUAGCCAGCUUUUUCCUGCUGCCGUGCUUGGCUUCCACUCAAGCUCUGCUCAUCCCCUUUAUCCCUAGGAACCCUUCCAACCAAAUCUUUCCCUUCAUGCAGGGCUCUUCCCUCCUUUCCAUAAAUUAGUUCCCAGUACCUCGAGUGUGCCUGGUAGGUUCCAUUCAGAUCUUGGUGGGCCAGUGGGCUGCCUCUGCCAUCUUCUUGUGCCUGGCUCCCUUCUCCAGCCACACUUGUCACACAUGAAUAUACAUGUUUAGUCGUGAUGGUAAGUGUUCUCUCCUGACAAAUUUAGAGCUCCAGGGAGCAGCUCUGCUUCUGUGUCCUCCACUAUAGCAGAUAGGCUGAAGCGUGGCUGCUCUGUGCAAGCACUCUGACUAACGUGCAGGAGCAAAGUCUGGAGGAAGUGAGGGGGGGGGGGGGACCAGGAGAAGGUAAACAUUUGACCUUGAGAAGACACCGAGCCCUUCUUAACAAAACAGUGAAUGGGAAAAGUGUCAGAUGGUAAGACCAACUACAUACGCGUGCGCGCACACACACACACACCAUUUGGCAUCUGGUGUGCAUCUCAGAUAAAUUAUGUAAACUCUUGAACAGUGCUGUCUUGUACAGUAGCCACAUGGCACACAGUAACUCUAAAUCAUUAAAG